AAUGACCACCACAAGCAUCACCACCAUCACCAUCACAAACGACGUCGUCUAGACGAGAAGGCGACAGUAGCAGCAGCAACAGCAGGCAACGACUCGAAUCCCACCUCAGCAAUAAUGUUACCCGUAGCAUCGGAUCGACAUCUGCGUCGUCAGAAUGAGAAUCGUCGUGAACGAUCGUCAAGUCAAGUGAUCGGAUACGAUACUGUGUCAGGUGCUGGAGUUGAGGGUGUGUUGGCGGGUGGUAACGGGAUUGGAGCUGCUGGUUCGAAUGAUGCGUUGGCAGCGAUGGAUAGUAGAAGAUUGGGAACAUCGAGUAGUCGUGGCAUGGAUCGAGAUGAUCGAUUUGCUGUUGCGGCUGGAGGAGCAGGAGGAGGAGGGUCGUCGUCUUGGUACGGAAGCAGCGGUACCGAGGCAGGCAGUAGACGUUUCAAUAGCUCAGAUUUCAAUAGACGAAAAAAUUCGAGCAGUGCCAACAAUAGUCCAUUGUAU